AUGGCAGCCCGGCAAUCGUUGUGGACUCCUCCCAAGGAAGCUGAACCGGGUCUCUGGAACCCUGGAGCUCCGAAGCUCUGGUCUCCCAGAGAAAGAAGCCAAUCCACCAGCACAGUUUCCUCCGUCUUCUCAGCCUCUAACGCCGAUGGAAGGAUACGCUACCCCGGCCGGCGCUUUGCGCAAAUUGUCAAGCUGAAGCCCGAGUACAUCGGCAAGUACAAAGAGAGCCACGCUGCUGUGUGGCCCGAGGUUGCAAAGCAGAUCAAGGAGUGCAACAUUCAAGAUUACAGUAUCUUCCACGACCCCGGCACAGGCAUCCUCUUUGCCAGCUUCAAGUAUGUCGGCUACGAUUAUGAAGGCGAUAUGGAGAAGAUGCGCGAGAACCCCAAGGUUCGGGAGUGGUGGAAGAUGACUGAUGGAUUCCAGGAGUCCAUGGUUCCGGGGGCAAAGAACAGCGAAUCGGGAGAGCCGUCGUGGUGGAAGCCCGUCGAGGAAGUCUUUUACCAGGCAUGA